AUGUCCUUUGUAUUUUCUAAGUAUUUUGUAUUUACUGCUGUCUUUAAACAAUCACUUCUCCUACAGCUUAUGUAUCAAUUUUAUGUUUACAACGGUUGCGUGACAUACGUGACAACCAUUAUCAAUGGAUUUAUCAGAAGAAAGAAAGUUAGACGUUUUAUAUUGCAAAUGGAAAUUUGUACUCGAACUAUGCAGCAACUGAAUAUACCGAUGAAUUUGUCAAAGUAUUUUUUACAGCAAUGUUAUAUAAUGUUAUAUUUGAUCUUCAUCUUAAUAACUGUGAUAAUAGCCGAUUAUAAUUGGAUAAAAAUAUUCGGAAUUAAUCCCACAAUAAUUUUUAGUUUUUUCUAUCUCGAAAUUUAUCCCAUUAUCACAUUGUUAAUAAGUGAUGUUACUUUCGCAUUUUGGAUAAGGAAUAUAAAAAUGAAAUGUGUUCAAUUAAACGAAAUACUGAAAGGUAUGCUUUCAACUACCAUCGAUUCCCCACAACAUAAAAGAGUACUUUGGAUGAGGAACAGGAACAGUAAUUCUCCAUUAUCCAUUAUUCAUCGAACGGAUAAACCGAGCAAAGAUGUUAUCACUAUUAAAAAAGGAGAUACAUUUGGAAUUAAUCAAGUGUGCUAG